CAUGUAGAAAAUUAUUCAUACGAAUUAGAAUUCAAUCCGAAGGGGUUAAGGAAAGGCUUCGAUUUAAUUACCUUUUAGUUCAGCGCUCGGUGUCAUCGCGAUAGGUUCGAAAGCUCUUCUGGUUCGAAAGAAUAUAGUCGUUAUAGUUGAGGCACGUUCUGAGUGAAGACAGUGAAGAAAGUGUAGUAUGAGCCGUAGCCAAAAAGCGAAUGAUUUUUUCGGCUCUGACCGAUCGUGUACAGCGAGUUCUCCAGUAUGCAUCGACAGUGGCAAUCCAUUGUAUCAUGACGUGUACCGCCGGUCGAUAGAAGAGCCUCAGGCCUUUUGGGGAGAGCUUGCGGAGCAACUAAUCGAUUGGGACAAACCGUGGGAUACUGUGGUCGAUGACAGUAAUCGACCGUUCACAAAAUGGUACGUUGGUGGCGAGCUCAACGCAUGCUACAACGCUUUGGAUCGACAUGUACAGAACAACAAGGGCAACAAGGUAGCGCUCAUUCACGAUAGUCCCAUGACGAAUACUAUACGCCGAGUAACUUACAAUGAACUUUAUGAAAAGGUCUCACGGCUAGCCGGCGGUUUGAAAAAGUUGGGCGUCAAGAAAGGCGAUAGAGUCGUCAUCUAUAUGCCUUUGAUUCCAGAAGCGAUUAUGGCUAUGUUAGCUACAGUCAGGCUUGGGGCUAUACAUUCGGUGGUGUUUGGAGGGUUCGCCGCCAGUGAGCUUUGCACGCGUAUCGAGCAUGCUGAACCAAAGGUUAUCAUAGCAGCAAACUGUGGAAUAGAACCGAACAAAAUAAUCCAUUACCUGGAUAUACUCCAUGAAGCUGCUGAAAUGUCAAAAUGGAAACCUCGCACCAAUGUCAUAUUCCAACGAAGCAACAUUUUGAUUUCCGACUUGGAUAAACGAAUGGACGUAACAUGGGAAUCUACGUUGGACGAACCUACGGGGUGUGUGCCAGUAGAGGCCAAUGACCCGUUGUAUAUAUUGUACACUUCUGGAACAACUGAUAAACCGAAGGGAAUUACACGUCCAACUGGAGGUCAUCUAGUAACGCUAAUGUAUACUAUGGAUACGAUAUAUGGAGUACAACCAGACGAUGUGUGGUGGAAUGCAUCCGAUUUGGGGUGGGUAGUUGGUCACUCUUACAUAUGCUAUGGACCAUUGCUGUACGGUGCUACUAGUGUCAUGUAUGAAGGGAAGCCCGAUCGGACACCAGACCCCGGUCAAUAUUUUCGUCUUAUUGAUCAGCACAAAGUUACGGCACUUUUCUCGGUUCCGACGUCUUUUCGAGUAUUACGAAGAACUGAUCCGGACGUCAAGUAUGGGAAAAAGUAUAGCAUGAAAUCUCUUCGCACAAUCUUCAUCGCUGGGGAGCAUUGUGAUUCCGAAACGAAGAUGUGGAUUGAAAAGACCUUUAGGGUACCAGUGCUGAACAAUUGGUGGCAAACUGAAACAGGAUCAGCUAUGACAGCUACAUGUGUUGGUCUUGCACAAAACCUUAAUCCACCCAACUUUACAACAGGUCUACCGUUUUGUGGAUACGAUAUUAGAGUUUUACAUCCAGACGGAACUGAAGCCGAUCCCAAUGAAUUAGGACGCCUGGUGGUAAAGCUUCCCCUUCCGCCUGGAACAAUGUCUACGCUGUACAGGAACGCUGAGUUGUUCGAAAACCUUUACUUCCAUAAAUAUCCGGGUUACUAUGACACUAUGGAUGCUGGAUAUAAGGACGAGAAAGGAUAUGUUUAUGUUACCGCUCGAGAUGAUGAUGUUAUUAACGUUGCUGGUCAUAGAAUUUCAACAUCGAGCUUAGAAGAUGCAGUAUUGAGGCAUCCUGAUAUAGCUGACGCUGCCGUCUUUGGGGUACCAGAGCCAACGAAAGGUCAAAUCCCGCUAUGUCUUUAUGUAAUUAAAGAAGGAGUGAGUAAAGCUACUGCCAAAUUAUCAGUAGAGCUAAUUUCACUGAUUCGAGAGGUUAUUGGCCCUAUAGCAGCAUUCCGACUGGUUGGUAGGGUGGACGGUCUUCCAAGAACAAGAUCAGGAAAAACAAUGCGAAAGGCAAUGGCAGAUUUCGCCGCUAAUAAAACGGUAAUUUUACCGGCAACAAUUGAGGACGUUGAAGUUUUUGACGACAUUAGACGAGCACUGCAAGAGCUAGGUUACGCCAUGAACGCUCCGAUGCCAGUAAUUGGGACUAAAAAAUAGGAAUAUUUAUUUUGUAAUCAUAUGAUUGUUGUGGCUUAUAGAUUUUAUACUUUUCUGAACAAGUGUAGUUGAUUCAAACAUAAUAUACAUGUCAUCAUAUUUUUUUUUAGAAAACUUGUAUCAAUAUUAAGUAAUUUAUAAGAAUUAACAAAUAUAUUUAUACUUAGCUAAAUUGUAUGCAUUAGUUGAUCACCAUAAGCAUGACUAUAUUUUUUCCUUCAUGUUCCUAUGAGAUGUCUGUCAGUUAUUUAAUAAAAGCCCUUUUUGUA